AUGGCACUUGUGAGCCACGUUUGUGUGCGCUGUGCAGCCACACCCACUUCCCCGGAGUCUCCAAGCUCCGCACCCUUGCCAGACCCAAAGAGGACCAAAGUUAUCCUUCCCAAGAAGAAGCCCAUGAAAUGGUCCACUGGGAUGGCUCCUGGGGAGUACGGUGGUCCUCCCACCACCACCAAGCUCCGCAAGUACUGGGGUGGUGAUGAUGAAGACCCUUUGGCCUCUGAUGACUUUAUGUGGAACAAAGACUUCGUGGGUCGCUUCAAAAGGUUGAUUGAAGAUCCUCAGGCUCCAACCCCUCCUGCAAAGGAAGAGCCUUCAGGGUUUCUAAGCUUAAAUAGAGUCAUGAGCCUGGACAGUUUGGAAGUUGAUUUGAGCAAAGAACUUGCGGCUCCUGUAAAUCAUAAUGUACACAAGCAAGUUGAGGCAGAAACUGAUGUGACUGGAAAUAAUAGGGUAAGAUAUAAAUCAGCACCAACACGCCGGGAGCAAGAAAAAUGGAAUAGAGCUACCAAGGCUGCAACUGGGGGAAGUGAUGUGAUGUUCCGGGAAAUAAGGCAGUCUCGUGAAGAUCCGAAAGUAUUGGCUGCUCAAGCUCAGGAGCAGUAUGAUAAGUUAAAAAAUAAGUUGCAACUCUUUACCUUGGGUAUUGGUGGUGUUGGUCUCGUUUCAGCUUAUGUUUCUUACACUCCUGAGAUUGCAGCUAGCUUCGGAGCUGGCUUUCUUGGUUCUUUGGCAUACAUUCGCAUGCUGGGAAGUAGCGUCGACUCGCUAAAAACUGAUGGUGCAAAGGGUCUUGUCAAGGGAGCAAUUGGGCAGCCAAGAUUACUGGUUCCUGUUGUUCUAGUCAUGAUCUAUAACCGCUGGAACGCGAUUCUAGUUUCAGAAUUUGGAUAUAUGCACUUGGAAUUGAUACCAAUGCUAGUAGGUUUUUUCACUUACAAGAUUGCAACUUUUGUUCAAGCUAUAGAGGAUGCAAUUACUGUAGCUACAAGAAAGACCUGA